UUGCGGCUUUUUACGUAGAACGUUUCAAACGGGAAGAAAUCACCUGGAAAAUUAUACUUGGAGGUUUAGAAAGUGAUGUUUGUUGUGAAUAAACAUUACCUCUUGGAUUUUUAAAUACGCAUCUAUCAAGCUCAACAUCCAUGAAUGCAGUUACUUCUUUAAUUCUGCCAUAAACUGCAGAUUCAUUUCUUAAAUCGAUUACUGUGUAGUUAUCAAUGAGUCCUCGCAAAACUGAUGAUAGUGUUUCGCGAAAAUAGUAUGUCUCGCGUUUAUCGCGAAGUGUAAUCGCCAUUAUUUGUUUAAACAAAUUUUUCUUAACUGAUUAUUAAGUUUUAGGUUAAGUUUAACAGUUAAAAAAACAGCAAAUAGCUAUCAAUUUUGGAUAGAGAUUUAUAAGAAAAAUAUUUUGGUAUAAAUUAGUAAUCUAUCAGUCUUAAUAAAGUAUCAACUUAUAUCUUUUAUUGUUUAAAGCACGAAAAUAUAAUUUAAAUAAAAUAUUCGGUCCACUGGUUGCCUAGAUUCGCAAUCGAAUAAAUGUGACAUUGAAUUAAUCGAUUUUUGAAUUUGUUGUAAUCUGCGGUGCGCUGAUAAAUAAUGUGCGCUAAAGUUACCUCCCGCGACUUAACUUAUUAAUUUUAAACAACUAUUUGUACUUAUUACGCUUCUUAAUUGCUAAAUUAUGAUAAUUUACUUAUAAAUAUAGCUUCACCGUUAUGUGGAGGUUAGAAUCUGAUUAAUCCUGGUUUCCGCACAAAAACUUGAACAAUUAAACGUGAAAUUAAAUGAAUUAACGGCUUAUAGCCAUUGAGUACCUCUGUCAAGAAUUUAUUGCAUCAGCAAUGUGGAAGUAUCUUGCUGGAACAAUUGCAAUUGGCACAGUUACUUAUGGAUUAAUGCGCUAUUUUGCUGGUGGUGUCUGUCAGUGUAGCACUCGACUGGAUGGACUUGUAAUUGUGAUAACUGGAGCAAACAGUGGCAUUGGAAAAGCCCUUGCAUAUGAAUUAGCUAAAAGAGGAGCAACAUUAAUCUUGGCCUGCAGAAACAUUGAAAAAGCAGUUGACACAAAACUAGAAAUUCAAGAUUUACUCAAUAAUCAGGCUGAGAUUCAUGUGAAGCACUUAGAUCUGAACUCAUUUGACAGCAUUAAAAGCUUUGCAGAUAAUAUUGAUAAGGAAUUUGAUGAGAUUUAUGCACUUGUUAACAAUGCUGGUGUAUUCUACCAUCCACAAGCUUUGACAAAGGAUGGUUUUGAUGUAACAUUCCAAACUAACUACUUAGGACCUUAUUACUUAAGUCACCAAUUACUCAGGACCCUCAAGAGGUCUGAUCAUGCAAGAAUAAUUAAUGUUGUGUCAGAUGCUCAUCGGCUAGUGAAUGUUUAUGACUUGAAUUGUUUAACAAACAAUCAAGGAGAGUUCCGGACACAUUUUAUUGCUUAUGGUGUGUCUAAACUUGCAUUGAUAUUAUUUUCCAGAGAAUUUCCUAGACGCAUUACAGAUACAAAUAUAAUUGUACACGCUGUAGAUCCAGGAAACGUUGAAACAGCAAUUUAUCGUUACUUUCCGCAGCUGAACAACCACUGGUUGUACAUAAUUCAGUGGCCAAUUCGAAGAAUUGUUGUUAAGCGACCGAAUCAAGGUGUGCAACCAAUCUUACACGCGUUGCUCACCUCGAAUCGUUCCACAGGACAAUAUAUCAAGGACUGCAAAGCUGUCCUGCCAAGUGCAAUCGCCUGCGACGAUCGAAUCGCUCGUAAAUAUUACAAAACCACGAAAGAGUUAAUCCGCAAGCAUCUCACCGAGUCAGAAUGUUGACGACGCUCCAGCUCAAUUGGCGCUCGCCGGAUGGAAGGUUCGAGAAGCAAAUUAUCAAGCGCGGAGUUGCCGGUACAAACAAACCCACAGAACGUGCAAAAUGCGCAUAUUUAAUUAACGACACAAAAAACAAAA